AUGGACGAAUCAAGGGAAAACAAAGCGAACCUAUCACCACCAUCGCAACCACCGGCGUCGGCGGACAUCGAUGUUUUGGAGAAAGUGAACCCCGUGGGCGGUGAUUCCGCCACAGAAUGGGUUGAUAACGCCGUCCAACAGGCACUGAUCGUACCAAAAACCAUACUAGGAACCCUGGAAUCUGCAAUUUCCGCCACUACAUCUCGCCUUAAGCAGUUUAAGUUGACCUCCAGUGCUAAUCUUCAAAUGACAUUCGAAUCCCUGCGAGAUCGCAAGUCAGCAUAUAAUGCUUAUGAGGAUUAUUUGUUUGGAAAGAUCAGAGAGGGUGUUUUCUUUGCUGCUGCAAAUCCAUUUGCUACCAGCGGAAUUGUUGUUGUUUCAGGGUUUCUGGCUGUUAAAAGGUCAAGGCGUGCUUUAUACUACAAGACAUUGCGGCUUUUUCUAAGUGAAGAGGCCAUGCUUUCCAGAGCAACUGCCAAGGUUCAGAAAUUACGAGACUCGGUUAAAGACAUUACGGAAGAAGGAAAGAAACUGGAGAAUUUCUCGUUAGCUGCAGAAAGAGAGUUGAAAAGGGGAAGGAAUAAACUCAGACAAGCCGGAAAGCAGAUCCAGGGGGUCAUUAGCUCAGCUUAUAAGAUUGAAAGACAAUCAGGGGGCUUGAAAGAUAUACUCAAGGAGCUUCCAAAAAGGGAUGCAUCACAAUUCCGAUCAGCAGUGUCGAAACUUGCUUUAGAUGCAAAGCGAGAAAGGAGGGUUCUUAAUGAAGAGGUUAGGAAGAUUUCUAAUUACGGGAUCCCCAUCUAAAUCUCCACAUAUUGGCAUUCUGAGGUUAGAAUACUAAAUCUAUCGGGUUUCAUUUAUCUGCUGUUUUUAAGAUUUGAUU